AUGGCUACUGAGCGAGCACUAGCAAUCCCGGAGAUCGUCUCCCACAUCUUUUGCCAGUUUACCUUCCGUCCACCGAAUGAGGCUCGCUGGCGACAUAAUAAAACGCUGGCACGAUCAGCACGCGUCAGCAAGUCUUUCAUGGGUCCAGCUUUGGACGCGCUCUGGAAUCAUCUCGAUUGGCUUCAUCCACUUCUACGACUACUCUCCGCAUGCAAGCUAGUCCUCUUCACUGACGAAGAACUGAGGGGGCUUAUGCCUUUCGUCCACCCAAUGUUGGAACCGAAGCACGUAUGGAUUUUUGACGGCGACAUCUGCGCUCUGGAGUGGGAGCGAUUCGAGACAUAUGCGCGGCGCGUCCGCUCUAUGUCGCUGGAGCUAGACGGUAGCGUUGGUCCAUCGGUGUUUGCGGCUCUGGCACGCCAUAACGGGCGCCGUCCUCUUUUUCCUCUGCUCCGCGAAUUAUCGUGGAUGCAGUGGAUGCCGGCAUUCGACGGCACUCACCAAAUGUUGGCUUCUCCCCAUCUGCGUGAACUCCAUAUCGACAUUCUGGUCUAUCCCGAGCGCAAAACCCAACAAGAGUCUUUGGAUAUUCGGCUUAAGCGCCUUCUUGAAGAGUUUUCUCGCAUAUCGCCUAAUAUCAAAAAAGUUUACCUGAAUGGCGGGUUUAGACGCUGUCCUUCGGUUGGAGGGUUCAAGUACCUACGCUGCCUGCAAGUCAGCGCAGAGACAUCGUGCAUCGUCAAUGACGCAUCCUUGAAAUCUCUUUCGGGCCUAGAAGACCUUGCGGAGCUUUCUCUCUCCACGGCCACUACACUGAGGAUCCCGCCAAUCAGUCAAGGAUUUGUCGCCUUGACAAGCCUUUGCUUGGUGUUCUGCAACAAGCCCGCGAUGCUGUUCUUAUUCACAACAACGUUCCCUCGCCUUCGAUCCAUCGCGAUAAGCUAUCGCCCUAGAUUUUUCAUGAAGCUUGACGGUUGCCGGAAAUUCAUUGAAGACAUAGCGAGGGCCUGUGCCAGGCUUCCUUCCCUUCGCAAAUUGUGUAUUGAAUUCGACUUUGAUGAUGGAUUCGGAAGGGCACCACCCUUCCUCGACAUUGUACGGCCGCUUUUGUCGCUCACAGCACUCGAGGAUGUCGAGAUCAGCGAUCUUCGCGAGGUGGCGCAGGCUUGGCCGCGACUGACACGUUUCUCAUUGGCUAUAUCAGCGCUUGACUAUCCUCUCCUCCCGACUGUCGACUGUCUGGUUUCAUUUGCUCGGGCCUGCCCUAGCCUGAAACAGUUGGUCCUGCCCUCUAUGGCACACUCAUUACCAAGAGCUCGCGAUAUGAUUAUGGUUCCUGCUAUACCGGCGCAUGGUCUGCAAAGCCUGGAAUUCAUGACCAGACCAAAGGUCUUAGUCGAUCUCGACGUAGACUUCGCUCAUUGUCUGAAUCGCCUUUUCCCGAAAGUCUCGCUCUCGUGCAGUGCCGUGGACUUCGAGAGGCAAUAUUUUGCAGAUGGUCACAUGGCUCCUAGCGUCCUCAAAUGGGACACACUGGUUCACGAAGUGGCUAGAUUGCAGUCUACCAGCCGGCGUGAUACUCAACAAGGUACAAAUGACCCCGACGAUGAUCCAGAGUAUGGUUGCCUGCAGACUGGUUGCAUCGGGGAUGUCGAGCAGCAAAGAUAA